AUGGAUGCCGCGGUUAAAACAUCGAUGGCGGUUUGUCGAAAACCCGAAGGCUUCGCUCCAAAGCAUUUUUGCAGCUCUCGUCGGCGCAGCGCCCAGCUCUUAUACCUGCUAAUGUCACCUCGUAACACCCUGCGGCGGCUCAACCGACCGCCAACUGCGCGCCGUCUGCUCGUUUUCGGACCUCAAUUCUCCGGCUUGCCGUGCGCAGCAAACAACGGCGGCACGCAGCUUUCAGCUCUGCCCGGCUUGCCGCCAUCGGGAGUUUCAGAUUUGUUCUUCCUUUUCCAUUGCACCAGCAAGUCUUCUGGCAAGAAGGCCUGCGGUGCUUUACGAUUGUUAGAACGCGGCACCCAGCCACCAUGAGCAAAUGGCGGGAUUAAUUCAGCAC